UAAGCUUACCGUGACGAAGGUGUAAAUCAGUGGGCAAGCUUCAUCAUCACUACAUGCAAGUUAGCACUGCUCGUUAACUGCCUUCAUUUCUCCCAUCUCAUUUUCUAAACUACCAAGUUUAUUCACUACCGGGCUGACCACACUUCGCCUAUCUGUACCUGCCACCAGAUCCUUGGAUCCCAGUCUUCUUGAUCCAUCCAGUCUUGUUCCCCUCAGCCGACGCCAACUUCAUUUCUCUGGCAUUCCAGAACUCGGCUAUUCCUGUGAAGCCAGCCUAGGAAACCGAUUCGCACUUCCGGCCGACAAAGCUUAGCCUCCACAGCUGGGUAAACCACACUCACUCAAUAGCGUGACGGCAAGCGCAGAGGCGUAUUUCAAAAGCAUUCACAAGCUUGUCUGCGGAGCCCCGGAACUUGGGGGCUGCUCCAUCUCACUCUGGUUCUAGGAUUCUGGCGACAUCUUACAACAAACAUGUCUGCUUCGCUGGCCCCAGAGUGUAAUGAGCUUAAGGAAAAGUACGAUACUUGCUUCUUGAGAUGGUACAGCGAAAAGUACCUCAGAGGAAUAGGAAAGUCCGAUGACAACGAGUGCUCAGACCUGUUCAAGGACUACCAGAAAUGUCUAAAUGUUGCUCUGAAGCAAAGAGGAAUAGACAAGCUCCUUGAAGAAGCCAGGGAGGACAACAAGGAGAAUGAUGCCAUACACCUGGGCAGGAAAUGAGGCUUCCGUUGAGAGCAAGGAGGGUUUGGCGAAGGGGUGUUCAUGAUGGUUUCGUCCCAGUGCGACUGCCAUCAUCACAUGUGUGGCCUCAGACGUGUGCAUGAUUUUAUUCCGCUGGUUUGGCGUUUUGUAUUGGACGGGCUUGUAGGACCACGAUCAUCCACCACUCGAAAUUAAUUCCACUCUGGAUCACUUCUGCAUUCACACCACAAAAUAGAUGACAUGUUCUUUACA